UGAAACUCAGACUGACGUGGCGAGCGCCAGGCAUACAAAGAAAGAUGGCGGUCGUUUCGUGGGCAUCGGUAAUUUUAGUCUUUUUCGGGUUAGAUUUAACCCAGGGCCUCUAUUUCCACAUGGGAGAAACAGAAAAGAAGUGUUUCAUAGAGGAAAUUCCAGACGAAACAAUGGUUAUCGGUAAAUACAAGACACAGUUAUAUGAUGAAAACAUCAGAGAUUUCCUUCCAUCCAGUCCUGGUAUAGGAAUGCAUGUGGAAGUGAAAGAUCCCAACAUGAAAGUUAUUCUAUCUAAAUAUUAUGCAUCAGAGGGAAGAUUCACUUUCACCUCACAUUCACCCGGUGAACACCUUAUCUGUCUUCACUCAAAUUCUACUCGAUGGUCUUUGUGGGCAGGAGGAAAGCUGCGCAUUCAUUUGGAUAUUCAAGUGGGUGAACAUGCCAAUGAUUAUCAAGAAAUUGCUGCCAAAGACAAACUUACAGAACUCCAGCUUCGUAUUCGUCAGCUGUUAGACCAAGUAGAACAGAUAAGCAAAGAGCAGAACUAUCAGAGGUUUCGUGAGGAGCGGUUUAGAGCGACCAGUGAAAGUACCAACCAGCGGGUACUGUGGUGGGCUCUGGCACAAACUUUGAUACUCCUUGUCACUGGAUUCUGGCAGAUGCGUCAUCUAAAGGGAUUCUUUGAAGCAAAGAAACUAGUUUAAAGAAAUUAUACAAGUUGUUUUAAUUUGGGCUGAAGGACAGGAUCCAUUGAGCUCUCUUUUACUGCCUGCUCCUUAUGUGGAUAUCAUUUGCAUGGCUUUCUAUAAUCUCAAGAUGAUAAAAUUCAUCAAAGAGGCUUGAAGACAACAUCACAAAUGGAUUUAAUUACUUUUGAUUUCACUUUUGUUAUUACCUUAUAGAAAUUUGUUAUUUCUUGCUUAAUCCUUUAACUCCCA